UCCGUCAUCUCCCAUGGUAACGGUGGCUGCGGCUCGGCCAGCUCUUCCAGCCAUAGCUAAGCCCAAUAUCGUUUCAGGUUCCGCCCUACAGAGAUGGGCCAUUAUCCGUGGACUCGGUAUUCCGAGUUCUAAAAGAACUUUCCUCUGUGGUUUUGCUAAUCCUGUUAAUUUGUCUCCAUAGCCUUGCUGUCGGAGCGAGUGAAGACGGUCUUUCCGUCCAAACCCUUCGGCAGGAAUGAAAAGCCAACAGAAAAGCCCGGAGCCGGAGGGGAGCGUCUCUGUUAACGAGGAGGGCUCUGUGGCCACAGCAGAAGAUCCAGCCGCCAUUGCUGCCAUUCAGUCCGCUGCCACCUUCACAGAUCCACAAAUCAAGUAUCUCUUCAAGACAGAAGGAGCUGGUGGGCAGGUGACCUACAGAGUGAUCCAGGUGUCAGAUGGCCAGUUGGAGGCUCAGACUGACGGAGCUGCAGCCGUCAGUCUGGUUGCUGGUUUUCCUGCAACUGCACAGACUGUCACACAGGCGGUCAUCUCCCAGCCAGAAGGGUUGGAAGGGGAUGGCAGUGCUGACGCUCAGUACGCCUAUUACCCAGCCUCCAUUGCAGAUGCCAGCGCUGGCACCAUGGUGACCACAGUGCAGGCACCCGACACACUGCUGGGCCAGACCACUCCGACAGGUCAGCUUUAUGUGAUGAUGUCACCCCAGGAAGUUUUAACGGGAUCCAAUCAGAGGACAAUAGCACCACGUACUCAGCCAUAUGUAGCAAAGCAGGAAGCUCCUCGGGGUUCCAGGGAUGAAAAACGGCGAGCACAGCACAACGAAGUUGAGCGAAGGCGUAGGGACAAGAUCAACAACUGGAUUGUUCAGCUUUCCAAGGCCAUUCCAGAGUGUAACAUCGACUACACCAAGACAGGCCAGAGUAAAGGGGGGAUCUUGUCAAAAGCCUGUGAUUACAUCAAAGAGCUGAGACAGAGCAACAUGAAGCUGGGAGAAGAUAUCAGCAUUGUGGAACGUCUGCGAGUCGACAACCAGCUUCUCAGACAGGAAGUGGAAGACUGGAAAUCCAAGAAUCAGAUCCUAAGGAACCUUUUGCGACAGCAUGGAAUUGUGGGAUCAUCGAGCUCAGAACCUCAGUGAAGGCUGUUGCCAACGGGGCGUUUGAAGGCGACUACACGUGGGCCAAAAGAGUACUUGAAUGCUUCUAAAUAUGUAUCUUGUCAUUUAGCAUGCACAAAAUGGGUUAAUUAUUAGAAUAUUGCUAUGAAUAUUUACAUCCAACCUUUGUGUAAUCUUCCAGAUUGUGUUUUUAAAGGUCUUAACAACAUUUAGGUAAUUUACCUGGCAACUAUAACAUUAUUUAACUUGAUUGGCCUGCAGAGAGAGUUUUUUUUUUUUUUUUAUUGUGUUAAGGAAAACUCUUAUUGAUGCCUUUUACCAUGAACAUGUAUAUUUGUUCAUUUAUCUCCAGUACAGUAAGCUCUGAACCAUAAACAGCAAUUCAGUUCUUAUGCUUAAGCUCUAUUGUACUGUUAAUUACUAUGAACUGCAGUCAUUUUAAUGUCUCCAGACAUUGAAUUCAUGUAAUGAGGUCUUUUAUCAUUGUCACUUUUACCAGUUGAUACCAAGUUGAUCAUCCAGAUCAUAGUCUGGGUUUGCUUUGUGUUUUGUUUGUUGGGGGCUGUAGUUACAUUGCAGCAAUGUAGCUACCAAGUAAAGAGAAAACGGGUUGGGGAAGGUCUGCAUUGUAGGAAUUUUUUUUAUAUAAUUAAACUGUAAACAAUA